AUGGCAGGCGACGCUACCGAGGAGCAGCCCCAGCCUUUCGACGCAAAGCGCCUCGACUCAGCCAAGAGACGCAAGCACUCCGACUCCCCCAUCGCCAACGGCGGUAGCAGCAGCAACAGAGGCAACUCCCGCGGGGAUGACAGCCAUAACAGAAACGGCAAGAAGCCAAGCUUACACGACGAGGGCGAGUACCCUCAGCCUUUCGACGCCAAGAAACUCGAACCAGCCAAGAAGCGACAGCGUUCAACGUCGCCCUCUGACGCGCCACGCAGGCAAAAGCGCCCCGGCCAGCGCGCGCGUAUCUCCAACUCCGAGGCAGCAUCCAUACGGCAACGGGCGGAGCAGCGGGAGCGUGAAGCGGCGGCCAGCAUCGGGGCGGCCGUGGCGCAGGGCGGGGGCCCGGGAGGACUGAGAGGCAUCAAUGAGAUCGUGCGCGAGCACUACAAUGCCGUGCCGGAGCGGGGUCGCGACUGGCGCAAGACGGGUUCGCGCAUCAAGGGCCUGCGUGUGUUCAACAAUUGGGUCAAGAGCACGCUGAUCCAGAAAUUCUCGCCCGACGAGGACCACACGCCGGGUGCGCACGAGCGGGGUCGCGACAUGGCUGGGGAACGCGGCCACGAGCUGCUCGUGCUUGACAUUGGGUGCGGCAAGGGCGGCGACUUGGGGAAGUGGCAGCAGGCGCCGCAUCGCGUGCAGCUGUACGUCGGGCUGGACCCCGCCGACGUGUCCAUCGACCAGGCCAAGGAGCGGUUCCGAAGCAUGGGAAGCCAUGGCGGUGGCGGGCGUGGUGGUCGGGGCGGUCACCGGGGUGGUCGACAGCAGCAGCAUCUGUUCGACGGGCGGUUCUACGCCAAGGACUGCUUCGGCGAGUCGAUUGGCGAUAUCGAUGUUAUACAACAGGUUGGGUUCGACCCCACGCCAAUGGGAAGGAGCGGCUUCGACAUCGUCAGCAUGAUGUUUUGCAUGCACUACGCGUUUGAGAGCGAAGAGAAGGCUCGUAUGAUGCUGCAAAACGUAUCUAGCUCGUUGAAGAAGGGUGGACGCUUCCUGGGGUGCAUCCCUAACUCCGACGUUAUCGGUGACCGGGUAACCAAGUUCAACGAGCGCGCUGCGGCGAAGAAGAAGAAGAGCGAGUCCACCGAGGAAGCCGCUCCCUCGACCGAAGAGAAAGAAGAGGGAGAGGCCGAAGAUACAGCUGAGUGGGGCAACGAGCUGUACCGCGUCAGAUUCCCCGGCAAGACACCCGAAGACGGCAUCUUCAGACCGCCUUUCGGCUGGAAGUACAGCUUCUUCCUCGACGAGGCGGUCGAGGAGGUGCCCGAGUAUGUGGUUCCCUGGGAGGCAUUCAGAGCUAUUGCCGAAGACUACAACCUAGAGCUGCAGUAUCAUCAAAGCUUCCGUGAUAUAUGGGAGACGGAGAAGGACGACCAUAUACUGGGACCCUUGAGCGAGCGCAUGGGUGUUCGCGAGCGAGGCAGAGGGCCGUUGUUGGUAUCCCCUGAGGAGAUGGAGGUUGCCAACUUUUACGUGGCAUUCUGCUUCUAUAAAGUUUAG